AUGUUGAACGGCUUCAUCGCCUACGCGCUUCUCAUCAUCGUCGGCGUGCUGACGAGCGCGAGUUUCGGAAUGCCGCCGCCGCCGCCGCCGAUGUCGGCGUCGAUCGCCGUCGGCGGCAUUCAGACGCAUCGCGAAUCGCGCGCCCUCACACCGUCCGUCAAAAAUUGGUGCAUCUUCUAUCGCGAGAAAUGUCGAAUGAUGAUGUAUCGCGAUGCGAUCAAACGCGGCGACGAGUUCGACUACUAA